UCAGGGGUCACGAUGGGCAGCAAGAUGGCUUCCGCCACCAGGGUCAUGCAGGUAGUGAAGCCACAUUCUCCAUUAAUAAGGUUCCCUGACAGAAGAGACAAUCCUAUACUUAGUGCCUCAGAAGCUUUGAGAUCUGCUGGGCUACCCUCCCACUCAUCUAUAUUUUCACAGACUUCUAAGGGAAAUAUAUCCCCAGAUUCACUGAUGCAUCCGGGGCCACCAGACACUGCAGAGAUAAUAAAAACCUUACCUCAGAAAUACAGAAGGAAACCUAUAUCUGAGGAAGAAAUGUAA